GCGGCGGCAGCGGCGGAGCCCACCGCCCGGGCUCCGAUGAGUAAUUCCCGGAAUAACCGGGUGAUGGUGGAAGGGGUCGGGGCCCGGGUGGUGCGCGGCCCGGACUGGAAGUGGGGAAAGCAGGACGGUGGCGAGGGCCAUGUGGGCACGGUCCGGAGCUUCGAGAGCCCCGAGGAGGUAGUGGUAGUGUGGGACAACGGAACCGCGGCCAACUACCGCUGCUCCGGGGCCUACGACUUGCGCAUCCUGGACAGCGCGCCCACCGGCAUCAAGCAUGAUGGAACCAUGUGUGAUACCUGCCGUCAGCAACCAAUCAUUGGUAUUCGAUGGAAAUGUGCAGAAUGUACGAAUUAUGACUUGUGCACAGUUUGCUAUCAUGGAGAUAAACAUCAUUUGAGGCAUCGCUUUUAUAGAAUUACUACACCAGGAAGUGAGCGGGUUCUGUUGGAGUCUCGUAGAAAAUCUAAGAAGAUUACAGCCAGAGGGAUCUUUGCAGGUGCCAGAGUGGUACGAGGAGUGGACUGGCAGUGGGAAGAUCAGGAUGGAGGAAAUGGACGCAGAGGAAAGGUAACAGAAAUCCAAGACUGGAGUGCAUCAAGCCCACAUAGCGCAGCUUAUGUUCUCUGGGAUAAUGGUGCUAAGAACCUUUACAGAGUUGGCUUUGAGGGCAUGUCUGAUCUAAAGUGUGUCCAGGAUGCCAAAGGAGGUUCUUUUUACAGAGAUCAUUGUCCUGUGCUAGGUGAGCAGAAUGGCAACAGGAAUCCGGGUGGACUGCAGAUUGGUGACCUGGUAAAUAUAGAUCUUGACCUAGAAAUUGUACAGUCUUUGCAGCACGGUCAUGGAGGAUGGACUGAUGGCAUGUUUGAGACUUUAACUACUACUGGAACUGUUUGUGGCAUUGAUGAAGAUCAUGACAUUGUAGUACAAUAUCCAAGUGGCAAUAGGUGGACCUUUAAUCCUGCAGUUCUCACUAAAGCAAACACUGUCCGAAGUGGGGAAGCUGCUCAAGGUGCAGAAGGAGGCACCUCACAGUUUCAAGUGGGUGAUCUAGUACAAGUUUGUUAUGAUCUGGAAAGAAUUAAACUUCUACAAAGAGGACAUGGAGAAUGGGCUGAAGCUAUGCUCCCAACUUUAGGUAAAGUUGGCCGAGUACAACAGAUUUAUUCAGACAGUGACUUAAAGGUGGAAGUUUGUGGAACAUCUUGGACAUAUAAUCCAGCUGCAGUUUCCAAGGUGGCAUCUGCAGGAUCAGCCAUUAGCAAUGCAUCUGGUGAAAGACUCUCCCAGCUCUUGAAGAAAUUAUUUGAAACCCAGGAAUCUGGUGACCUCAAUGAAGAAUUAGUUAAGGCUGCUGCCAAUGGAGAUGUUGCUAAAGUGGAAGAUUUGUUAAAAAGACCAGAUGUGGAUGUAAACGGGCAAUGUGCUGGCCACACAGCUAUGCAAGCUGCUAGCCAGAAUGGACAUGUUGACAUUUUGAAGUUACUUUUGAAACAAAAUGUGGAUGUAGAAGCAGAGGAUAAAGAUGGAGAUAGAGCAGUUCACCAUGCAGCUUUUGGGGAUGAAGGUGCUGUUAUAGAAGUACUGCACCGAGGCAGUGCUGAUUUGAAUGCUCGGAACAAGCGCCGACAGACGCCACUUCAUAUUGCUGUCAAUAAAGGUCAUCUUCAAGUCGUGAAGACUUUAUUGGACUUCGGCUGUCAUCCCAGUCUCCAGGAUUCUGAAGGUGAUACCCCUCUUCAUGAUGCAAUAAGUAAGAAACGUGAUGAUAUCCUGGCAGUUCUUCUAGAAGCUGGAGCAGAUGUUACCAUUACAAACAAUAAUGGAUUUAAUGCUCUACACCAUGCUGCACUAAGAGGAAAUCCCAGUGCAAUGCGUGUUUUACUAUCCAAAUUACCAAGACCAUGGAUUGUAGAUGAGAAAAAAGAUGAUGGUUAUACUGCCUUGCAUCUUGCUGCACUUAACAAUCAUGUGGAAGUGGCUGAACUGUUGGUACAUCAGGGUAAUGCAAACUUGGAUAUCCAGAACGUGAACCAACAAACUGCCCUACACCUUGCUGUUGAAAGACAGCACACCCAGAUUGUGAGGCUUUUGGUCCGUGCAGGUGCCAAAUUAGAUAUUCAGGAUAAGGAUGGGGAUACUCCUUUGCAUGAAGCUUUGAGGCAUCAUACCUUGUCUCAGCUACGUCAGCUCCAAGAUAUGCAAGAUGUGGGGAAGGUCGAUGCUGCCUGGGAGCCAUCCAAAAACACAUUAAUAAUGGGACUUGGUACCCAGGGUGCAGAGAAGAAAAGUGCAGCAUCUAUUGCCUGUUUCUUGGCUGCCAAUGGCGCUGACCUUAGCAUUCGAAAUAAGAAGAGUCAGUCGCCUCUUGAUCUCUGUCCUGAUCCAAGUCUCUGCAAAGCACUGGCAAAAUGUCAUAAAGAAAAAGUCAGUGGUCAAGUGGGUUCUCGAAGUCCUUCUAUGAUUAAUAAUGAUUCUGAAACCUUAGAAGAGUGCAUGGUGUGUUCAGAUAUGAAGAGAGAUACUCUUUUUGGCCCAUGUGGACAUAUUGCUACCUGUUCUUUAUGUUCUCCACGAGUCAAGAAAUGCCUCAUCUGUAAAGAACAAGUUCAAUCCAGGACAAAGAUUGAAGAAUGUGUGGUGUGCUCUGACAAGAAAGCAGCUGUUCUUUUUCAACCUUGUGGACACAUGUGUGCUUGUGAAAACUGUGCCAGCCUCAUGAAAAAGUGUGUGCAGUGCCGGGCAGUAGUUGAACGAAGAGUGCCUUUCAUUAUGUGUUGUGGAGGGAAAAGUUCAGAAGAUGCUACUGAUGAUAUCUCAAGUGGCAAUAUUCCAGUGUUACAAAAGGACAAGGAUAAUACCAAUGUCAACGCUGAUGUGCAAAAGUUGCAGCAACAAUUACAAGACAUUAAAGAGCAGACAAUGUGCCCUGUGUGUUUGGAUCGUCUGAAGAAUAUGAUUUUCCUCUGUGGCCAUGGGACGUGCCAGCUCUGUGGAGACCGAAUGAGUGAAUGUCCUAUUUGUCGCAAGGCUAUUGAACGAAGGAUUCUUUUGUAUUAACUAAGAACCUCAGUGUGUUUUAUUAGCUGAAGUAUUUGGUCAUGAGAUCUUAGUAAAGCUUAUUAGAGAUUCUAAUGAAUUAAUUUUUAAUACCAUACUGUCUUUACUAGAAUGUAAUUGUAAAUGUACUUGAACAAAAAGCUGUAUAAGACAGUGUUUAAAGCUUUUUCCCCCUAUCUUUUAGUUUGAAAUGUCAACUCCAUGUACUUCACAGGUAUUUACUUUUGGUUCCUAAGGGAAAAAUCCUUUAAGGAUCUCUUAUUAUUUUUGUUUUUAUUGCAUUUUUGUCUUACAAUUUAUAAGUUCGUUAGAUGUCAACUGAUAAACUUUCUUGUGAUCAGCUAUCCUUCAGUUCAUCGUGAUUUUAUGCAGUGAGUUGACAGAGGUACUCAGAAGAGUCAUGCAUCAAAUGAAAGGGGCAAGUCGAAUCAUUAUGUCACAUACAUUAAAUGAUAAAGUUACCGAAUGAGUUCUACAUAGUUAAGAGAAUAUUGAAGAGAAGAUUCUAUUUUUAAGAUUAAACAAAGUUACCCAAAUUAUUGUUUCUGAAUUCUUAGGGUAAAUGGAAGCAAAGAAUGAGAUAAUGACUUUGCAUUAGCUUAACUACUAUAUUUAAACGAAACACUGUUUAAUUUGAGUCAAGUUGCUAGUUUCAAAGUGAAUGAUAGCCAUGAAAAGGAAAACUGAGCAGUCAUACUGUUGCUUUUCUUAUGUUAAUUUACCAGCUGUUUUGUUCAGCCAGCCUUUAAAAAAAGUCUUUGAAAAGUGUACCUCAGUUUUCCUGUGGUUACUUACCCAGACUUGGUCUGGCUGGUGAAGUGGUUUUGCCCUGUUGGGCUUCUGGGGUUCCAUUUAGCUUUUCUCAUGUGCUGAAUAGUACCCCGCUAUCUGAGAGGAAGAAUGUAUUGUCCAAAGGCGGCAAUCUUUUUUCUCCAUUCCUAGCUAUUUUGACAGUGUUUUUGAUUCUACUUUCAUCACAAGCCUUAUUCCAUUCUCUCUCAGAGAAUAAGGCUCACUAAAGAAAAUGUCCUCUCUUUAUACCCAGAUGAGGAUAUUGCCAACAAUAUCCAAGACAUAAUAGAUAACCUAAUAAUAAAUACUUACUUUUAGAAAGAGUGACUAGGACAUUUAUAGAAAUAUGUCUGAUUACUGAUAGAUUUUUUUUUUGACUCAAACUUUGACUCUGGAAUAUCAAAUCAUUUUCUCUCCUUUGAAUGACUAAUCUUUGCUAUGUCUAGGAUGAAUAUACAUGUAAAUAAGUGUUUUGAGGUUCAUUGCUGCUAGAAUGUAAGAUUAUCAGCUGUUUACAAUAGUGUCUACUAUAUACUGUGUAUAAGCUUACUCCUGAGCAUACCUACCUUUUUUGUAGUCCCCCACCUCCCCUAGACUCUGGUUCUUACUUCAAUUUUUCUGCUACAACUAAAUAUGAAAGUACUUUUGGCUGUUUAAUGGCUGCUGCCUUUGUAAGUCUUGGUGAAAACAGUGGGGAGCUUUGCUGGCUGAUUUUGUAGUCUUGGUAAUUCUGUAUCUGUGUUUAGCUGAAUUAACUUACCACUUAGAACAGUAAAAUUUUUAUAAAUUUGAAAAUUGAAAAUUUAUAUUGAUUCUACUCAGUUAUCUAAUAAAGGGCCACUGAGGCUAUUUUUUUAAAGCCAUAUUUUGAAGUUAAGAAGAUAAGACAUCUGGCAUGAUGUUCACGUAAAGAAACAAACUAUUUUCUUUCAGACUUGAAAAUAGUGGUAAGUCAGGAUUUUUCCUUUUUUUCCAUGCUAUAGACUCCCCAUGUCUUUCCCACUAGAUCAGCUGGUCAGGAGGGAUCACCUGGCUGACUCAUGCAUAGGUUGGCCAACUAGAGAAUUGUAGGGUCUAGACCUCUGCUUUACUUACAUGCUUUUUCAUUUGUCUUCGGAGCUGCAGUGCUAAAACUUACAUCCCUAAAAGGCAAUUUCGUUUUCUAGAAUAGUGUGUCUUCUCCAUAGUAAAAAUACAGUAACUUACUAUAAAAGGCAUAAAGUCACUUCACUAUAAUUAUAGUGCUAUAUUCUUGUGGGUUUUCUGUAUUUGUACCACUUUGGAAUUUGUUUGAUCGAUGGAAAAUGUUUCUCUAUUCAUGUGUUCAAGUACCUGAGAAAUUAUUUUAAAUUAAUUUUGGGUUUGUAAGAGAGAAUGAGAUUAAGAACUUAAUUUUUAAGUGACUUUUCUCUGUGAAACUACCUCUUACAUGUUUCUUAGCAGUACUUAUCCAAUUAGGUAUGUUUCCUUCUCAUUAACUCUCAAUCUUGUGCCUCAGAAGAGCUUUUAUUUUUCCUAGAAUCAUUUUAAAAAACAAAACUGACUUGCAUUCAUUAAAAAAUGUCUUUAUUGGGCUUCAGGGGCUAGAUACACAACAUUGAAAAAAAUGGUCAGCAUCUUAGCACACACAAUUUAUCAUGCAGCAGUUGUAUAUUUGAAGUUAUCUGUAGUCUAAAGGAAGGGAUCCAGAGGUACAGAAAACAUUUCCUCCUGCUUUUGCGAAAGACUGUCAUGAGCAAUAUUUGGAUUCCCUCUCUGUGCUCCCUCCCUCCUACUACAUUUUCUCCUGUAUUCUUCUAACUAACAUUGUUACCCAACACACAUACACAAAACUUACUGAAUGGUGCUAUUCUAAUUGUUUUUGUUGACAUAAUUUAAUACUCUCACUGCUUAUACUGUAUACAUAUUUAAUUUUGUUGGGAGCAAGAGCACUUUUCAAAAGAUUUUGUAUUAGUAUAGAAUAUUAGACAAAUGUUUUGUUCAGCUGGCUGAAUUAUUCUUGCUUAGGAUAUUUGUAUUGUUACAUUGCAAACUGACCAGUCAGCUACUGAGUUGAUAAUGUUGAACAUAACUUUCUUAAAUUUAUAUCUUUGAUGGCUUUAGCCUGUAAGAUCAUUUUAACAUAUUGGAAUGCAUGUUGCUUAAGAUUUGUUCAAUUCAAAUUUUAAAGCUUGCUGGGUUAUUUUUAAAUAGUAGAAAUUAUACUGUCUAGCUGUGUGUUGCCCAACUAUUCUUUGUUUAUUAUGAAUUUUAGACCCCUUUGAACUAGGAAAUAGUUAGACUUCUGAAUUGAAUUAGUGAUGGGGUAGCACAGGGAGGACAGUAGGGAGAUACAGCAAGUAAAAAGAAAAGUCAGUGUUUGAGUGUAGAGAAAGGGAUCAUACAGAUUUCAUCAAAACAGUAAGUGGCAAGUAUAUUUAAUUGAAUAAUAAAAAAGGUGUUCCAAUCAAUUUUUAGUGUAGUUUAAUUGACCAUUUUAGACUUUAAUACAACUUGCUUAAAAAAAAUCCCAAAGGAAAAGCACUUAUCCUCUCAGGAUGUUCAAAAUAUUUUAUAGUAAUAAUUUGUGUAAAAAUUGAGUUUUUUUAACAGAAUGUUUUUGCAUUUUUUUAUUUUGGUAAAAACACACAAUAUGAAAGUUACUAUCUUCACCAUUUUAGAGUAUACACAGUAGUGUUCAGUAUAUUCACAUUGUUGUAAAACAGAUCUCCAGCAAUUUCUCAUCUUGCAAAACUGAAACUCUGUAUCCGUAAAACAACAUUUCCCCCAGUGGAAUAGAAAUGUGAUUAAAUGUAAGUCAAGGAACACCUGAAUUAUAUUAAUAGUUUAUUUGUUUGCAAGAUCUGAAACCAUGAUGAACGUCAAGUUCCUGAAAUUGGGGUGCCAGAAUCUCUUCCCUCCCUCCAGGUCCUUAUCAGUCGUAAUUGAGUAGGGUUUAAAUGUCUGUUAAUUGAGAGGGUUUGUUAUUUCAUUUUGAGCCAGAGGGGAGAAACACAUUUUAAACCUUCAUUAGAAUUUAGGUUAGCUUUGAAGUUGUACUAAAUUGGGAAGGUAAUAAAUUUUCACAAAUUAUGUCUACCUAGUUGUUGAAAAUGUCAAUUGUCUAAGUCUACUUGUAAGAGCCUCAAAAUAUUUUUUUCUCUCAAAGGCCUAAUUUUAUUUGCUUAAAUAUUAUGAUAGGAAUGCUUACUGACAUUACUUGAUAAUCAUAUAAUAGCCUUGGAAUUUUAACAUAUAGACGUAUAUAAUUAUAGCAGUAUUAAUAAUUAUAGUUGUACUUCUUUAAAACAUUAAAUUUGAGGAAAAACUAUUUAAUGCUGUGUCUCACGUGUACCUUGCUUUGCUUCAGUGAGGGGGAAAUCCUUUAGAUUGAGCCUUAAUUUGCUUAUAAAUGGUUAGUAGUGGGUGAAACUAGAGAAUAAAAAAAUAUGAACUAGGUAGUAGAUCUGAAGAAUUAAAAUUGUAAGUUCUUGCAUUGGUAUUUUCUACCUCCUUUUCUGUCAGAGUAUUACUUUUCCAGCAUUUAUUGUUAUUUGUAACGAAGGAGACAGGACUCUGGGAUGCAAACUGAGAAUUCUAUUUUCAUAAGGAUUUAAGCAGUAGGUACAGGAAGAGUAACUUGCCACAUCAAUUUGGUGCCUAAAUUCAUUACUACAAGUUAUUAGUGACAUGUGCAAAAUAUAUAAGAUAGAUAAUAUUGCUGAAUAUUUUACUUUUCCUGUACAGUCUACAUGACUUUGUUUCAUAAACAUGACUUACUUCCUCCAAACAGCAAAAUGGUCUAGUAAUUUUCUAUAAAAUAAACAAAAUAGGCCAUUUUGUCUGAAAUCUGUAAUUCAGGAAGCUAUUGAAAGUUCUGACUCAGGGCUUUUUAACAGUUGUUAAUUAUAUUUUGGGAAAUCCAUCUACAUAAUUCUUCAGUGCCUUGAAGGAAUUAUUAACUUGGCAGCACUCAUAAACCUUUAUAGAAGGUGGUCUUUAGUAAACGUGUAUAAUCAGAUACACGUUUAUAAGUCCUGUUUCUUAGCUUGUUAGGAGGAUACUGCAUGUGUGCUAGGUAUUGGGUAAUUCUUUAAAGGACGUUUUCUAGAUUUGCACCUGAUACUUGUUUUUCAACUGAUUAUUUAUGGCCAUGGCACUGUUACCAGAAAAGUAAUUCUAUGUUAAGUCAUUAUGUAAAGUCGUGUACAGUAGCAUCUGGGAAGAGGAUAUGGGGUCGUACAAUUUAGCUAUUUUAAUAUAAAAGGAGGAUCUAUUUGGUAAAAACAUUAUCUUCAAGUGAAAAAAAACUUCUGAGUAAGUGAAAGAAAAUUUUUUUUAAAGGUAAUCACUGUUUGCAUAGCAUUCAUAAAGCUAGUCUUACUAUUUGAUUCAUAAAAGUUGUUUUUCUGUUUAGUGUGCUUGUGUCAUCUAAAUACAGUAUGUUCAGUGAUAGAAAACAAUUUGACUCAUAGUAUUUUGUUUUGUAUUUUUUCCAUUGUUUUUUAGCUUUCACUUGAUUAAAGUCUUGUUUGUGAGUAUAGUUUGUUUCUGUAUGGCAAAUGAUUUUUGCUUAUCAGCUCUUGUUAAAAAAAAAGGCCUAGCAAGAGCUAAGCUUUUAAAAAUAAAUGCAAACAUUCAAAAUCAAUAAAACCUAUGAUGUAAUAUCAUUAUAUAAUGCUUUUCUUUGAUCUUUUGAAACUAUUCUUUAUAAAAGUAUACAUGAGUUUUUACUUUUAAGGUAUUUGAAAACAAAUCCCAAUAUAUUAAGUCUAUUAUUAUUGGAAAGGAAAUGAUCAUGUCUUUGAGAAACAAAGACAUUAUUAACAUCUCAACUCAGUGUAAUACAGGUGCCCACAUCUAGAAGGCUGUCAUUGCAAUUGCUUACAUUUAAGGUUUUAUUGCUUACAUCUUUCUAAAGGGCCAAAGAAGUUUUUCAUAUUUUAACACCUCUCACUCUUUGACGAUUAAGAUGUAUUGUGAAAAUAGUCUGAAUAGUUUAAGUUUGACAGAAAAAAAGUCAACUGGUCAGGAAGACACACCUUUUUCUAUAAAACAUUUCUUCUUCACAAUUCAAAUGUAGAUUGCAUUUUCAAGAGACAUUUUAAAGAAAUGACUUACUUGGUAUUUUUUAGGGCUUUGUGACUAAAUCAGUAAUUGAAUGGUUUAGGAGUUGUUUUAGUUUUCAAGUUAAUAGAAGCACUUAUUUGUUAUUGAAAGGUUGUCUAGUUCAAAAAAGUAUGUGUAUCUUGGAUGUUUAAGAGAAAAACCAUCCGAAACAAAAUCUUUUAAUUGUUUAUUUGAAAAAAUCAUAUGUAUUCCAACUUUAAAAUUGUGAAUUUAUUUUUUGAUAACCUCUGUUUCUGGGUUUAUUUCUUUUGCUGUAUAAUUAGAUAUUUCAUGGCAUUAUUUUUUUACUAGAUUUAAACUCUGUAUAGGUUUUUAAAAUAAAGACAUUUAGAAAACCUGA